GACGAUCAGGUUGUUUUACGUUAUAAGGAUGCAUAUAGAGAACCUGAUUUAUCCGAUUUACCAGUCUUAUAUCCUGAGACGGUGACUUCUAGUAACGUGGGGAAGGUGGUUACUUUACAUCAAAGAACAUUUCAAAACUUGAAGGAAAUUGGUCUUCCCAAACGGAUCUUGAAAGAGUUAUCUGAAAGUGGAGGACCGGCAUGGGUUAUAAGACAAGCUACUUUGGAUUUGAAGACAAGGAUGGAAAUUGCCUCUUCUUCUAAGAAAGUUUCACCUCUUUUGCUUGCUGGGGAUAAAGGAAGUGGAAAGACUUUCUUACAUCUACAUGCUACAGCAUAUGCUUUAGAAUCUGAUUGGAUUGUGUUGUCCAUUCCUCGAGCAAGCGAAUGGGUAUCUUCCAUCCACGCAUAUGAAUAUCAUUCCCCCACUAAAAUCUUCCGCCAACCGACACUUGCGGCCGAUCUGUUGAAUAGACUACUACAAACAAGCGAACAUCGUCUUGCCAGAAUACCUACUGGACAAGAAACUCAAAAUCUUGCUGAAUUGGCUAAAUCGGGCACUGGAAUUCGGGCUGAUUCAUCGGCGGUAUUGGAGGAAGUCAUCGAUAUACUCGCCGACCAAACACAAUUCCCCGUGUUAUUCGCUAUCGACGAAGCGCAGGUAUUAUUCGGUCACUCGACAUAUCGCAAUCCGAGAUAUGAGAUCUUACAAGCGUAUAAUCUUUCCAUACCUUUAUUAGCACUUGAUUUUCUCACUGGCAAAAGAGCUUUUAAACGAGGCCUCACACUCGCCUCCAUAUCCCGUACGACACCAGAUUUCCCUGUCGCACUUCCUCUUUCCGUGGCAUUAGACCUCCCCAUACCCCCCUCACAUGCCGUUACACCCUAUACCAAAAUAGACCCCAUCCAUCUAGCCAACGCUUCUGCUGGGAUGAACAAGUUGGAAGUUGGUCAAAUGAGUGGUAAAGAGGCUGCGGGUCUGUUCACUUUGUUCGCUAGAAAAGGCUGGGUGACAAGUUCCGAUGAACUAUUCACCAGUUGUCUCAUGGCUUCUUCUGGUAACGCAGGUGAAUUCGUACGUGGAUUACGAAACACUCUUCAAGCUUUCAGACAACCUCAACGUCACAUAUGA